UUCCUCGUUUUAGAUAUAAUUUCUAUCUCUCUCCCGAUCUCUCUGUGGAAUAGCAAAAUUUUGAUCCGAUCAAGCGCGGUAUCAAGCUCGGGAAAAAUGGCGAGCAAUCCUCGAGUUUCUCGCUGUGCUCGCUUCGUUGCCUGUUUGCUGCAUUUGGAGUUCGUUCAAUCCCCUCCUUUGAUUUGAUUUUAUUGCGGUCGAUCGUUGAAAGGCGAGUUUCUGGGAGUGCCUGAAAUUUACAAUUCUAGGAGAGUUGGAUUAUGAAGAUAAAUUGCAACCAUAAAGAAGUUUAUGUUGUUUGGCCAUGGCUUCAGCUUUGCAAUUUGGUUGUAGCUUUCUAUGUUAGGUGAAUAAUGAAUGAUCAUGCGCCUCAUUUAGUCCGAGCGUCUAAAGAUUAUCAGACCAUAUGGUGAAGCACCUAACAAUUAUAUCGUUUCUUGUUCAAGAUCAUCUGGAAAGCAUCCAAACGGUUAAUCUGUAUCUACUAAAGUGAAUAAUGAAUGAUCAUGCGCCUCAUUUAGUCCGAGCGUCUAAAGAUUAUCAGACCAUAUGGUGAAGCACCUAACAAUUAUAUCGUUUCUUGUUCAAGAUCAUCUGGAAAGCAUCCAAACGGUUAAUCUGUAUCUACUAAAGUGAAUAAUGAAUGAUCAUGCGCCUCAUUUAGUCCGAGCGUCUAAAGAUUAUCAGACCAUAUGGUGAAGCACCUAACAAUUAUAUCGUUUCUUGUUCAAGAUCAUCUGGAAAGCAUCCAAACGGUUAAUCUGUAUCUACUAAAGUAAUUAGUUCUGUUCAACUCUCUUGAAUUCUGAAAGAUGUCUGCUAGAAAGUCGAGAGAUGAUGCGACAGAAAAGGUUUUGUCCCCUGAUGAACGGCAGGCCAAGAUGAAUGAACUCGAAAGGUUGAUGGGUCCAAUUGCUGAUAAGCUUCCUGUCGACGACACAGACAAAUUGGAAACUUCAUUUGGUGGGAAAAACCCAGUUGAUAUUUCACAAAGAAGGAUGGAAGUGUCUGGGAAGGGGGGGAGAGAUAGGGGAUCGGCCAUGAAAAUAGUUUUUGAUCUUAAGAAAUUUGCAGUCAUAUCUAUGAGAACUUGCUACAGAUCAGUUCGUAAUUAUCCAUAUCUCUUUGCCCUACUCUGUGUGUUGAUUCUCCUUUAUAGAUCAUGUCCUUUUCUGUUUUCCCUUUUGGUGUCCGCGUCCCCUGUUUUGAUUUGCACGGCUGCUCUGCUUGGAACCCUUCUGAGUUUUGGGCAACCUAAUAUACCUGAAAUCGAAACGGAGGAGAAGGUUUCACAUGAUGUAGCUUUUUUCGGAUCGGAGAUUUUGGACAAUGCUACUGUUGUUGCUAAGGAGGAUUAUAGUUUUACUGUUGAGAGAUUUGUUGCUAAGGAGGAUGAUAGUUUUACUGUUGAGAGAUUUGAAGGAAAUCAAGUAGGAAAUUCUUAUGUGGAAAGGGGUUCUGAAGAAGAGAGGAAGACAAGCAUGCUUGAUGAGCAUGCUGGUUUUGUUGGCCUUGUUCCGGUGAUCGAUGAGCACAAUCGUGAAAUUCAGUUAGAGAAGGGCAGUGUUGAGGAGUUUGAGAGGGAUGGAGUUGAGGAAUUUGAGAAGGGUGAACUUGAGAAGGCAGCAACAGAGAGGGAAUUCUCUAGUUCAGAGUUGGAGGAGAGGAGAGAAAUUUAUGAAAAGGAUUUGGAUGUUAAAAGUUUGACAACAGAUGGUGUAAGUGUUGUAGAGAACCAGCUUUUGGCUGCCGAAAGCACGGGAAAUGAGGUUUUUGAAGUAGAAGAUCAUAACAUCUCCAUAGAACUUGCCCAUAAAGGAGAUCAGCUGAGCUUAUCUCUCAGUGAUAAAGAUGAUCAUGUUGAAAAUGAUUAUGAUUCUUUGCGUUCUGAGUCUGAUAGAGCAGAAAGCUCCUCACCUGAUGCCUCAAUGACUGAUAUCAUACCUUUGUUGGAUGAGUUGCACCCUCUCUUGGACUCAGAAACUUCACAACCUGCUCAAGGGUCAAAUGAAGAAUCAGAUGCUUAUUCAGAACUGUAUCAUAAAAGUGAUGGUGAAUGUGUGAUGUCAGAUGAUGAGGCUGAGAACCAGGGAGAAGAAGGCGGUGUUGUCGAGGAUGACGAGGAUGAUGAUGAUGAGGGGAUGCAGGAAGAGAAGGAGGAUGAGAGCAAAUCCGCUAUCAAGUGGACUGAGGAUGACCAAAAGAAUCUCAUGGAUUUGGGAAGUUUAGAGCUCGAAAGGAAUCAGCGUUUGGAAAAUCUCAUUGCAAGGAGAAGAGCAAGGAACAACCUGAGAAUGUUGGCUGGGAUGAAUUUGAUAGACUUGGAUGGUUUUGAUCUUCCUGGUAAUGUAGCGCCCAUAUCGACAACCAGACGUAACCCAUUUGAUCUCCCUUAUGAUUCAUACAAUAAUAUGGGAUUGCCACCAAUUCCUGGGUCUGCUCCAUCUAUUUUGUUGCCUAGACGUAAUCCAUUUGAUCUUCCAUACGACCCAAAUGAAGAAAAACCGGAUCUCAAGAGUGAUGAUUUCGAACACGAAUUUUUGCCACCUCAACAGAAAGAUAUGUUCCGAAGACAUGAAAGUUUCAGUGUGGGCCCUUCAAACUUUUCUAUUCCCAAGCUAGAGCAACAAAAUAUUAGAUGGAAACCAUAUUUCAUGCCUGAAAAAACAGCUGCAGAAGAAACGAGCUACUCUCCAUUGGAAAGACAACUUAGUGAAGCCAGUGAAUCAAAACUGAGCUGUGUUUCUGAUACUGAAUCAAUGAGUUCCAUUGCAGAUCAGGAUGACAAGAAGCCUGAUGAAUCACAUUCUUUUCUGGAAACAACAGCAGUUUCCUUCCUUGACCCCAUAGCCAGUGUUAUUGAGCAUGGAAAUGGGCCAUGGGAGGAUAUAGGCUCUGAAAAUUACGUACAAGAAAACAGAGAUGUGCAUCAUGAAGUGAUCGAGAUUACUUUGGGAUCGACCGAGAGUCACUUUGAAAGCCAAUCUGGAUCAUCUGAAAUCGGAGCUGGAGAUAUCCCAGUGGAGAUUAACGCCAGUGAAAUUCACUCCAAAAAUAUAUUAGUUGAAACAGAUAUCAGCAGCCAUUCCAGCUUGUCUUCAUUAUCAGAAGUAAAUGAAACGUCAAUUGAGGUCAAAACAGAUGAGGCGAUACCGAAUAGCCUGCGAACAGAGGAAUCUAGCAUUGAUACUACUAGCAUAACAAUGUCGACUGCCUUCGAAAAAGAUGCAGAAUUCAAGAUUGUCAGUGAAGUGUUGGAUGACAAUCAGCAUAAGGAGCCUGUUUAUGACUCAAGCCCUUCAGCAGAAGGUAAAGAAUCUGAAGUACAAUCUGAAAUAGAACAGGACAUUACUUCAAGUUUGGAAGAUACGCAUGAUGACUCCUCAGAGUUACAUAUAGUUGAUAAAAAUGAACAAGAGUCGAGGGAAGUUCCAGAAGUUAUUGUUCACGAGGUUACGAAGGUUGAGUCUCCCAAACAUGGCACCAACUAUGAUGCUCAAAACUUGGCCGUGGCCCAUGAACUUUUAGUUGAGCAUGUUCCAAUAGAUUCCGGUCCAUCCUUCUCAGACAUUGCAUCGAUCGAGAAAGGAAUAGUCGAUGAUGUUGUGGAAGAUAAAGAUCAGUUGACAAGCCACGAGGAGGAUAUUAUUGAAGAUAUUCACAAAAUUGAAGAUGAGAAUCUAAAUUCCUCACCUUCAAAUGAUCAGAUCUCUUCUCGUAGUAGACCGACUUUCACUGAACCCGAGGAGCAACUGUCUUCUGCCGUAAACCAUGUUUCAGCAGAAAUUGGGUCAUCUUCAAAUGAAAAACAUGUGGAGUUUCAUGAAACAUUAAAUGGCAAAGAAAAUUCUGAACUUGAACAAACAAAAACCUGCAGAUCAAGUUCAUCCGGCAGCAGUUCUGUGGAGGACGUAAUUUUGCAAACUGAUGUAAUUUGUCAUAGUGAUCAACCUACUACUUCUACAUCAAAUCACGGUUCAGAAAUCCCGGCUCAGGACAUCAAUGACCUUGUUGAAACGACAGAUUCUUUGGCUACUUUGUCUGACCAUUUGAUUACUGCCAAUGCAACUAUUCCUGGAUCACAGGAACAAAAAAACCCUCCAGUGGUGGAGGAGGAAGUCGUUUUGAUUUCUUUAAGUUCAACAUUUCCUUCUGGAUUGGAGCAAGUUGAGGAUAGGUCAAUGAAUGAGGCCGAAUUUGUUAGGUCUGAACAAGAUAUUGUUGAGCCCUCAAGUGCUAAAUCACACACAGAGAGUGAAUCCCUGCAAGAUCUGGGGAUAAAAAUAGCUUCUUCAGGUUCUAGUACUCCUAAUGUGGCUCCUGAAGUUAUUUCAUCUGUUACUGAAUUAGAGCAGUCCUGGUCAGACAAGUCAAUGGUUGAGCCUAUUCUUGGUAACCAUGACGAUGCUGAGGAACAAGGCGUUUUAUCGACGGAUUCUGCUGCUGAAGUAAUCUCUGAAAAUGUAACACCAAAAAUUCAUCAAGACAUUUCAACAGCUUUAUCUUCUGUUGAAGCUGAUUCGUCCACAUCUUCACCAGUUAGAUCACCUAAUACUGGUAGGAAUCCAAAAGAUGAUAUUGUUGAUUUAGUCGUAUCUGAGGAUCGUGAGGAGGUAUCGAAGCAUUUGGACUAUCUAGCAGAAACACAUGGUUCUCAUUUUUCGGAAAAGAUGAUUAGGGAAGAGGUAAAUGAAAUAACAGAUAUUGAUGAAGGAUUGUUAGUAGAAUUGGACGAAGUUGGGGACUUCAGCGGGAAGAAGGUUGGGGAACCAAUCCUUGAAGAAAAGGUACUCCCAGAGGAAGCUGAAGCAGAGAGAUUUGAAUUGGUUUCUAAUUCCAAUCCGACAGAAGCUAAAUCAGAUAUACCAAUGCUUGAAGCGAAAUCACUUGAUGAUAUCAACUUAGCUUUUAGGCAACUCCACGAAGGAGUAGACGUGGAGGACGUCAUUAUUCCCAGUGCGAUUGAAAGCCAGAUUAAUGAACUCAAUCCUGAAGCAAGUUCGGAUUUGGAGGUUGUGGAAGCAAGAUCUCUCGGAGAUAUUCAUGUUGCUUUGACACAAGUAUCAAAGGAUAACAUAGGUGAAUCAAGUUCUAGCUCCAACAACUUAGAAGCUAAAUCAGAUAUUCCAAUGCUUGAAGCCAAAUCUCUUGAUGAUAUCAACUUAGCUUUUAGGCAACUUCACGAAGGAGUCGAUGUUGAGGAUAUCAUUCUUCCCAGUGCGAUCGAAAGCCAGAUUAAUGAACUCAAUCCCGAAGCAAGUUCAGAUUUGGAGGUUGUGGAAGCAAGUUCUCUCGGAGAUAUUCAUGAUGCUUUGACGCAAGUAUCAAAGAAUAACAUGGAUGAAUCAAGUUCUAGUUCCAACAACUUAGAAACAAAAUCAGAUAUACCAAUGCUUGAAGCAAAAUCACUUGAUGAUAUCAACUUAGCGUUUAGGCAACCUCACAAAGGAGUAGACGUGGACGACGUCAUUGUUCCCAGUGCGGUUGAAAGCCAAGUUACGGAAGAAGCCAUUCCAGAAAAGAGUUCAGAUUUGGAAGUCGUCGAAGCAAGAUCUUUGGGAGAUAUCCAUGUUGCUUCGAUGCAACUCCCAGAGAAUAACAUAGGUGAAUCAGGUUCUAGUUCCAAUCCCACUGAAACUAAAUCAGAUAUACCAAUUCUUGAAGCAAGAUCACUAGAUGAUAUCAACUUAGCUUCUAGGAAACUCCAUGAAGGAGUAGAUGUGGAGGAUGUCAUCCUUCCCAGCACGGUCGAAAAUCAGGUUAAAGACGAAGCCAAAGCCGAAACAAGUUCAGAUUUGGAAGUUGUUGAAGCAAAAUCACUAGGAGAUAUUCAUGUUGCCUUAAUGGAAGCCUCAGAGAAAAACUUGAACGAACUUCCAACGAGCUCCGUGUCAAAUGAUCCAUCAGAGGGAGGAUUAGAACCAUAUGGAGCAGAUUCCAACAUUGAGACUAUCCCAUCGAACACGACUAACGUCGACAAACCAGCAGAUAUAGUUGACGAAAAAUCCGUAGAUUCCAAUGUAUCUGCUUCCAAAACCAAAGACAAGAAGGCGAAGUCUCGAAAAUCAAAAUCAGGAUCUAGCUCCAGCUCCAGCUCAAGCUCAAGUGAUUCUGAUUGAGCUGGUAAUCAUAAGAGGUAAAAGUAAUAGAAUCAUAUGGGAGUUUUCUUUUGUGGUUUUUGUCUUCAUUUCAGGAUUUGGAUUUGGUUUUCCAGUUUGGUUACAUUCUUUUUCCACUCUGCAAUCUUUUGAAAAGUGAGUCCGAGUCUCGGUUUGAUUUCUUUCAAUUGAGCACGUUCCUACGAUCCCUAUCCCCCUUAAAGAGUUUAAAGUUUGAGGGAGAAAAUGUGGUUUUUUUAUUUUAUUUUGUUCUUUUUUGUAUAAACAUGUAUGUAAAAGUUUUGGUGUAUUGAUGAAUUGACAAUUAUUACUAGUUUUUCAAGAUUCUAUUUGAGUUUGGUGUUAUGACAGUGGAUUUUGUGGUA